AUGAUGCGUCGUGCACUCCCCCCAAGCCCAAGAGCUCAGCUAUGUCAGAUAUGCGAGACUAUCUAUGCCCGGAACGGACUCAUGGGCAGGCGCUUCUUUCUAACAGCGGAAGCUGGAAGACAUAGGGCCAAGUCAACGAAACAGAGCCCGUCCAGGACGAUCACAGCCGGAGUGCACUCGACAUCAAGGACACUACGGCGAGUGAAGCAAGCACAGCCUGUGGAGAACCCCGAAAGGGCUACAGAUAUCAAUACUUCUCAGCCAUCGCAGCAGCAGCAAAAUCAUCGAGAGUUUGCGGACCUGGCCAGUAUUGCCACUGCAGUGGAUCGGGUCACCAAGGCUUUUUUGGGACAACAAGGCAUCCCCUCCGAGAAGACUACUCUUGGGGCUUUGCGGGCGUGUGCACAGAACGAUGUUAAGCUUCUUUUGGAUGCAGCCACGGAGCCCGAAGCCGGCAUUAAUAGGGAAGGCCAAUCGGAGACUGCCGCUUCCCAUUUGCUCGAUCUGGAUAGCAACGGGAGGAGGACGGGAGGAAAAGUCGCGACAGUGAAACAGCAGAGUUCAGCUCUCCGUUUACAGGACGUGGUUGAUAAGAUGUCCGAGGCAGCAUAUACUAUUAUCACGCACCCACCUGUCGUUAUCACACCUCGGAUCCUUGCAGAAUAUGUCAGUGUCCAGGCUCAGCUUAGCAAGCCCGAGACGCUGUCUCAUAUUCUCGCAUUGUACGCGUCCAAACCCCUGCCCAGGGAGGUUUCUGGCAGCGUCGAAUAUGUCGAGCGGAAUCCCAGCAAGGCGGACAAUGCAGUUGACGCCGAUGUCGCGGAGAAGGCCUUGGAUGCUGCAAUCGAGGCCAAGAACCUGGACGCCGCGGUUGGCAUCAUCGAGAACAGCUAUGGCGCCAAGGCAUUUGUGCGAUCGAAGCUUAUCAAGAAGGCCCUGGUGCCGGCGUCAGUCCUUGCGGCGGCCCCUGUUCUCACAUAUGCUGCUGCAUCCCGCCUAUCUUAUCUGCAAGAUUCCAUGGACCACGGCACCGCAACGGGGGUAGCCUUUGCGGGUCUCCUGGCCUAUGUCGGCUUCACGGCCACCAUUGGUCUGGUCGCCGCCACAACGGCAAACGACCAGAUGAAACGCGUGACCUGGGCGGCAGGAACGCCCUUGAGGCGGAGGUGGAUCCGGGAAGACGAGCGAGCCGCAUUUGACAAGGUGGCGUGCUCGUUCGGCUUCUCGGAGCACCAGCGUUUUGGCGAGGAGGAGGGGGCCGAGUUCCAAGCGCUCCGGCAGUAUACUUUGAGGAAGGGGAUGAUCCUAGAUGCAGUCGAGCUUAUGGAGGGGAUGAACUAG